GCAAAAAUUCAGUUACUAAAGGUGACUGUGAGACUUGCAAGACAAAGCUAGUUAUCUGACUCAAAAAAAUUUUUAUAAUGGACUUCAAUUCUAUUUUGAACCAUUCCAAUGGAAGUAUUUAUUGGAAAGAACUGACUGGAAAUUGGAAUGUUUUUGUUUUAAAAACAAAUAUUGCCAUGCAAAAGUUAUUAAAUUUUAAGUCAAUUAAGCAUUUUGGAACAAGAUGUGUAUCCACUAGCAAAUUUUUCCUCGAGUUCAAUACCCGACCAAGCAAGAAGAUCCACUUUUCAAAGAAUCCAGUUGGACUUUUUGGGAUCUCAGAACUAAGGGGAUUUGAAGGAUUCUAUUUAUUAAAGGAACGCUGUAUCUCACGAACAGAUGAUUUAAUAGCAGAAGCUAUAUCUCAAAAGAGAGACAGAAAGAUUGUGGAAAUUUUCGAUGAAUUAAGCGAUACUCUUUGUAAAGUAGCAGAUUUGAGUGAAUUCAUACGAUUAAGUCAUCCACAAGCUAAUUAUUCACAUGCUGCAGAAGAUGCCUGUAUAUCAAUUAGUGGAAUUGUUGAGAAAUUAAAUACACACAGGGAACUUUUUCAGUCAUUAAAAGGCGUUGUGGAUCAUGGAGAUAAAUUUUCGACUACAGACAUUGAUAAUCACGUUGCUAAGCUAUUUUUAUUUGAUUUUGAGCAAUGUGGUAUACAUUUAGAGGAAGAGGAACGGAAGAAAGUUGUACAUUUAAAUGAGUGUAUUUUAUAUCUUGGUCAACGAUUCAUGAGUGGUGCUGUUAAUGCUAGAUCACUUAAUAAAAAUAUCCUUCCUGAAAACAUCAGACAUCUGUUCUCAAUAGAUGGAGAUAAAAUCUUAGUUUCGGGACUUUAUGCUGAUUCUCCAAACUCAUUGGCAAGAGAAGCAGCUUACAGACUUUAUUUAUAUCCAGAUCCACAUCAAGAAGAGCUCUUGACUGAUUUAAUUAAUAGCAGACAUGAAUUGGCUACAACUUGUGGAUUUCCAACAUAUGCACAUCGAGCACUUAAUUCAUCUACUAUGGAAACGCCAGAGAAUGUAAAAGAAUUUCUAGAAAUUCUAAGUGAGAAGCUACGACCAAGAGCACAAAAAGAUUUUGAUAUAAUGCAGAAAAUGAAGUUAUCUGAUGGAGGCUUAAAUUCACCGCUUUGUGCUUGGGAUACACCAUAUUUUACAUCGAGAAUGAAGAAUAAAUAUUUACAAAUUUCAUCGCAAGCUACUGAAUUUAUGCCAUUUUUCAGUCUCGGUGGAUGCAUGGAAGGUUUUAAUAAUUUAAUGAAAUCUCUCUUUGGUAUACGACUUGAAAAUACUGAAAUGGAUAAAGGAGAAAGUUGGGCUGAUGAUGUCUAUAAAUUGUGUGUAAUUGAUGAAAAUAACACAUUACUUGGACAUAUUUACUGUGAUUUCUUUGAGAGAACUGGAAAACCAAAUCAAGAUUGCCACUUUACAAUUCAAGGAGGGAAAAGGCUUGCAAAUGGAGAAUAUCAGAAUCCUAUUGUCGUUGUUAUGCUUAAUUUUAGUCUUGGCAGAUGGAAUCCUCCACUUUUAACACCUUCUAUGGUCGACAAUCUUUUUCAUGAACUCGGACAUGCUAUGCAUUCAAUGCUUGCGAGGACAGAAUAUCAGCACGUGACAGGCACUAGAUGUAGUACAGAUUUUGCAGAAGUGCCGUCAGUUUUAAUGGAAUAUUUUGCAAGUGAUCCUCGUGUUUUAAAAACUUUUGCUAGACAUUAUCAAACACAAGAACCAAUGCCCGAUGAAAUGCUCAGAAGAUUAUGUGCAUCCAAAAAUGUAUUUUCAGCAAGUGAAACACAACUUCAAGUCUUUUAUUCAGCACUCGAUCAAGUUUAUCACGGGUUACCUGAAACACAUCGUCAAAAUACAACAGAAACAUUAAAAAUGGUACAAGAACAACAUUAUGGACUUCCUUAUGUUCCUCAAACAGCAUGGCAACUAAGAUUUUCUCACCUCGUUGGAUACGGUGCUAAAUACUACUCUUAUUUAUGUUCACGAGCAAUUGCAUCAUGGAUUUGGCAAGAAUAUUUCCAAAAAGAUCCGUUAAAUCGAGAACAAGGUGAAAAGUAUCGAUAUAAUUGUUUAUUAUACGGUGGUGCAGUUCCUUCUAGACAGCUUGUUAGUAACUUUUUAGGAAAAGAGAUUUCAGCUCAAAAUUUAGCAAAUAAUUUAAUCAAUGAAAUUGAUGAGCAUCAGGCAAACAUGAAGAUUUAGACAAAAGUGAAAUAAAAAGACAAUUGUGUUCCUUUUUAAUUAUUCCAUAACGAGUUUCUUUAUGAAAUUCCAA